AUGGCAUCAAUAGCAGCGGCGCAUGAAGCAGGCAUUUGUCCAGGCUCCGCACCGCUGGCUGAUGCUGUAGUCCCGGCGAGUAUAUUUGCUCCAGACCGGGGAGGAUGCAGCGACGACGCCGGGGAUGAGUGUUUCGAGGAUGGGGACGCGUUCAAUGGCGAGCCCGAGGAUCAUGGGAUUGACUUUACUAGCAAGCUGGCACUUGUUAGCCCAAAUGGAGAGCAGUAUGACUCGUUACUUUCGGCAGCUACGGACAGGAUGGAAGAGGGAUGUGGAGAGACUAUUUAUGUGGUUGGAAUGGGCUCAGAUGGCGGUGACUGGGGUUUGGAUGAGAAAGAUAUGGAGGCCUCAGUAGCCACAGUGCGCUCUAUGUGUGAGCAGCUGGACGCUGACCUGAUCCCUCUACGGGAGCGCAAUGAGGCUGCCGGUUUGGUACGUGACUAUCUGAUACGGAGACGUGUGGGUGAGCUGGACUUCCUGGAGGUCAGGGUUGCAGUGGUGGGGAAUGUGGAUGCUGGUAAAAGUACUCUGCUGGGAGUAUUAACACACGGUGAGCUGGACAACGGCAGGGGCUUUGCCCGCCAGAAACUGUUCAGACACAAGCAUGAGAUGGAGAGUGGCAGGACCAGCAGUGUGGGCAAUGAUAUCCUGGGGUUUGACCAAGAGGGACAGGUGGUGAAUAAACCAGACAGUCAUGGAGGAAGCCUGGACUGGACCAAAAUCUGUGAGAAGUCCUCUAAGGUCAUUACCUUCAUAGACUUGGCCGGCCAUGAGAAAUACCUCAAGACCACAGUGUUUGGGAUGACUGGACACCUUCCCGACUUCUGCAUGCUCAUGGUGGGCAGUAAUGCAGGUAUCGUUGGAAUGACCAAAGAGCACCUGGGCCUGGCUUUAGCGCUGAAUGUGCCUGUGUUUGUAGUGGUUACCAAGAUAGACAUGUGCCCAGCCAACAUCUUGCAAGAGACCUUAAAGCUGCUGCAGAGGUUACUGAAGUCUCCAGGUUGUAGGAAAAUUCCUGUCCUGGUACAGAAUAAGGAUGACGUCAUAGUCACGGCUUCAAACUUCAGUUCAGAGAGGAUGUGCCCCAUCUUUCAGAUCUCCAAUGUGACCGGAGAGAACAUGGACCUGCUUAAGAUGUUUCUCAACCUGCUUUCCUCCAGAACAUCCUACAGGGACGAUCAGCCUGCCGAGUUUCAAAUAGACGAUACAUACUCUGUACCGGGUGUGGGAACUGUAGUAUCAGGAACUACUUUACGUGGGCUCAUACGCCUGAAUGACACCAUGCUGCUGGGGCCAGAUCCUCUAGGGAGCUUCAUCUCCAUUGCUGUUAAAUCAAUACACCGCAAGCGAAUGCCUGUGAAGGAGGUCAGAGGUGGCCAAACUGCCUCAUUUGCGCUUAAAAAGAUCAAGCGUUCGUCCAUAAGGAAAGGCAUGGUAAUGGUGUCCCCGAGGUUAAACCCACAGGCAACUUGGGAGUUUGAGGCUGAGAUCCUGGUGCUGCAUCAUCCCACCACGAUAUCCCCCAGAUACCAGGCCAUGGUCCACUGUGGAAGCAUAAGGCAGACCGCCACCAUCUUGUCCAUGAACAGAGACUGCUUACGAACAGGGGACAAGGCUUCAGUCCACUUUCGUUUCAUCAAGACCCCCGAGUACCUGCACUGUGACCAGAGACUGGUGUUCAGGGAGGGGCGCACCAAGGCUGUGGGAACCAUCACUAAGCUGUUGCAGUCCACCAAUAACAUGCCAUCAAACUCAAAACCUCCACAAAUCAAAAUGCAGUCUACAAAAAAAGCGCCGCUCCGAAAAGAGGACGGCACCGUGACAGCCAGUGACGAUGUGGGAACGGCAGCGCAGCCAGCAGGCUCCAGCACGACACAACCGGGAGAGGGAGAUGAUGACCCUCAAAUAAAGGAGGGCAACAAAGAGAAUAAGCCAAAGUCUGGAGGUGGUGGAAGGAGACGGGGUGGCCAGAGGCACAAAGGAAAAGGCCAGAACAGCAGCACCAACUCCACAGCAGCACCGUCUUCAUCGGGGAUAGGGAGCUGCUGAAAAACCCACGUGCUCCAUUUCAAACCUUCUUCUCUAUCACUCCAUCAAGUGUCUUCAUUCCACAAACCAUGAAGAAAACAGAUGUUUGGAGCAAGACACUCUCCUCAGUCUUAUUACUCCUUGCCUUUUUACACCAGGUCCUAUGUUUUUGUUUUUAAAGGGAACACAGAGGGGUGUGUCACACUAAAAACAUGCACUUCUUAAGCAUUUAAUAUCAGCUGUCUGUACCAUUUUGAGUGGCUUGGGUGAUUGAAAGCAGUGUGAUUUUUCAGGUUAGCCUCACUCAGGAUGAAGAAUUUAUUUAAUUUUAUCCAUAUUUUAUGCGUGUCUGAAAUCAGUCCCCUGGCUCAGUUUCAGGGGCUGGGAGGGGGGUCCAAUACCCUAUAUAUAUGAGCAGCUAUUAGUGACACUCACCCAUGAAUUCCCUGUGUAUUUGCAAUGAUAAACAGUUGUACUAUUUAUACUACAUAAAUUACCCAUUAGUUCUACUGAUUGGAAGUGUGUACAAAAUGUAUGCAAAUCACAAAUGAAUGUAGCAGAGCUCUCACAGUGAUUUGAAAUUCUAACUACGGAAAAUAUAAGCUGUUUUGUUUUAUAAUUAUUUAUUUGACAUGCAGAACAUUUACUCUUGGAUGGUCGUGAUCUUUUGAAAUGAACUCACUUGCGCACCUAGAUUCAGUAGUAUCUGUCAUGCUUCCAUUGUCAGUCUAUAUACAAACCUUCUAAUAGUGUUAGUAUGAAUACAGCACAGUUUUUCACUUCAGCAGCUGCUAAUGAUUGUAAGACUUGCCGUACUUGCAGUGCUACUUGUAACUCUCAUACCCCAUGUGUUAUGGCCUGUUGCUGUAGACAUAUUGUGUCAUUUUAAACACCUUGCUGCAAGAAAAGGACCAUUAAUAAACACAGUUUACUGAACUUUU